AUGUCCACGCCAACCCCGGAAGCCGUCGCAACCUUCAUGCGAAUCACCGGAGCUACGGAGUUCGUCGCCGUUCAGAAAUUAGAGGAAUAUGGAGGCAAUCUAAACGAAGCUGUGAAUGCGCAUUUUAUUGAAGGAGACAGGCUCAUUCAGGAGCAAGAUCCUGCUGCUACUGCAACUCCACACUAUAAUUACUAUGAAGCAAAUAAUCAAAACAACCAAAACCGUGCCGGAUCACGUGGAAUUAUGCCUCUGUUGAACGCUGCUAGAAGAUUUAGACCUUCACUACUGCUUGACUCAAACUAUAGGAGAGAACUUAGAGACCUAUGUAAUGGGCUGGGUACUACUACGCUUUCGAGUAGUGCAUCACCACGUGGUUCUCCUCAUGGACAGGUGAUGGGAGUUCCCACAGGGAUCAAUAGUGCACAUGCGUCGCCUUAUCAACCAGGAUUGAGCUACGAAGGUGCAUAUACGAAUGGAAAUUUAUCGUCUCAUAGUCAGGGAUAUUACGGAACAAAUCAUUAUCCGAAUGACUACCCUUUAGCUCAGUCAAAUGCUUCAAAUGUUCGUGAUCAAGAUCCAGAGGAGGCAAUGAUUCAAGCUGCAAUAGAAGCCUCAAAGAAGGAGAGCAGAGAGCGCUCUUCAUCGAAUGCUCCUAAUGAUUUGUCCGACAAUAGGCUUCCACAAAGUAAUUUUCAACCCGAAGAUGAUGAUUUGGCUAAUGUUAUUUCCCUGUCCUUACAGACUGCAGAGCAAGAGGAAGCAAUACGCGAGCUUCGCGUGAAAGAGCUUCAUGCUUUAUUAGCCGAGGGAGAGAAAACCAACACCAGCAGAAUCAGACCAGAGGUCGGAAAAUGGGGUGAUAUUUCUUCCGACGAGCUCAAUGAAGCAUUGCUGAUUGAAACUGCAUUUUUUAGUGAAACUCCCAAUCACAGUUCUCACAAAUUUUCAUCUUUGCCUGACCUGCAACAUGAUUCAGAAAAACAAGCAAAUCCCAAGAGGCAGUGUUCAUCGAGUUCAGCAUCUCAAUUAUUAUCUGAGACUCAGUUGCUAAGAAAACAACAGGAUGCUGACUAUUUAGCAUCACUACUAGUUGAUAGACAAAAGGAUUUGAAUUCUCUCGAAAAAGCUGAAACCCAUUCUUCAAAGGAAGAAGAAUCACACAAAAAGAUGCUUGAAAGAACGGAAUUGGAGAAAAUACUUGAUACAAAAAGUAUUAUGCUUGCAAAUGAACCACCAUUAGUGAAGCCUGGCACCUAUAGAGUUGUAAAAUCAUAUCCGCAGCGUGCAUAUAAUAUUAAUAAUAGUUCUGCCACCUUGAAUGAAGUAGGCCUUAACAACAAGAAUGAGGCUUUAUUUCUGGAGUUGAAGAAUGAGGCUUUAUUUCUGGAGUUGAUUUAG